AUGGACAACGGUCGAACAGACCCUGUGAAGCAUGUGAGCCACUUUAACCAGAAAAUGACUGUGCACUCCAAGAAUGAGACCUUGAUGUGCAAGCAGGGUUCCUCGGCCCUUAGAUUCCUUGUUGUCUUUGUCCAUAAGAGAAAGGGAGACCCUGAAAAUGUACUCAACAGAUACUGGGAAAUGUUCAAUGAGAUAGAUGAUAACUUUGACGAUGUAGCCAUCAGAACUUUCAAGGUCGGCCUACCUACCGAGCAUGGCUUGAGCAAGUCUCUAACAGGGAAACCCGCUACCAGUGUACGCCAGCUCGUAGACCAGAUUGAUAAGUAUAAGCAAGUCGAGGAGGACCAGCAGCAAGGCAAGGGAAAGGGUAAGGUUAUCCCUCAGGAGAAGAGGGAUUUCAGAUCGAACCGCUACAGUAAUAACAGACCCCAAAGGAAUUUUGCUGGGCAACCUGGGCCUACGGCUCCUCAAAUGGCUAACACGGUAUUCCGAGAACCAGUGUAUCAAGUUUUAGAAAAAAUCAAAAAUGAGUCAUACUUCAAAUGA